AUGAACGCUAAUGAACUUACCAUUGAUCAUGAAUCUGUCACUUUUUCCAAGACAGAUGCUCAGAAAAGAAAGAAACUAAAAUACCAACCCUCAUCCAGCUUUCGCAUUGACGAUAAUUUGCUACUGACAUUCAACGAGAUCUUAAAAUUCAAUGAAAAAAUUAUAAAAAAGGAGAUAUCCAAAGACUCCAAAGACAUCUCACACUCCCUGGCUGAAUUGUCUCCGUUAAUUCAUUUUAUAUCUCAGAAACACAUCUCGAAUUUUGUUUCUGCAUGGAGUUAUUAUUCAACCGUAAAUGAUCACUCCAAUUUUAAUCUUUUCACUAAAAACAUUUCAAGCUAUAUCAAUAUUUUAGAUUUCUUUUACCAAAGAUUGGAGUUGUACGAUAGCCAUAAUAAAAACACAAAUAUUCAGGACUCUAUAUCCUCAUUUAUCAAAUCCCUAUACGAAAAUCAAACAAAUUUAAAGGUCAUUUUCAAAUCUUUGAAUAACUUGAACAAUAAUAAUAACUCAACUAUAAUUUCAAUUCUAAAUUUAUUAAACAAAAUCGCAUUAUUUAAUGAUUCGUCUCUUAUCGAUGAUUUCAUUUCCAUUUUUUUCCAAUUUAAUGCUCUUUCUAUAGACCUUGAUCCCACUAAUGAGACCAGCAACAACAACUCUGCAGCUUUGAAUACAAAUGAUACAUCGAUAUCAGCAAAUUAUCUAGUAAAUCUUUACAAAUUGCUAAUUCCUUCAAAAUUAAACUCCAAUAAAAUUUUAAAUUCUUACUCCAUUCGUUAUAAUUUCAUUUCGUUUUAUUUAAACUUAAUUCACCAUUCAUCUCCCUCAAUUAGAAAAAGUUUAUUACUAAUUAAUCAAAAUAAUAACAAUAAAAAUAAUAAAACUAAUAUUUCUUCAAAUAACUUUAUAAAUAACAAUAAAUCAUUCAUAAAUAAGAUUUUAACCACUUGGUUUAAGUUCAUGCCCACCAAUGAUCCUGAUAAUUUAAUCAUAAAGACUCUAUCUAUUUUCAAAGAGAAAAUUAUAAAAGAAUCUUUAUUUAAGAAAAUCACUAAAAUCCAACUAUUCAAUGAUUUAUCCUUAAAUAAACUUCUACCUCUCUACUCAAAAAAGGAUGAUUCAAUUAUCCAAGAAUUCGAUGAAUUCUUAAACAUUUAUUUUUUAAACGAAGAAUUCGGUAUUAUAAAUUUAAAUGCCAACCAAAGCUUUCUUUUUCAAAGUAACUACCAAAAUAAUUAUUUAAAUAACUACAAUGCUAAUCAAAAUAACUUCAUCACAAUAAAUAACAAGAAAUUUCCUACUCAAAAUAAAUUGAUUUACAAUUUCAUCAUAAAUUUAAAACCUUGGGAAAAUUUAUAUCACUCAAAAUUAAUUAUAAACAUCUUUAAAAAAUUGCCAGAGUUGAUUCCUCCUUAUAAUCUCAACUCAUCUUUAAGUUCUUUAAAUCUUGAUCCAAAAUUAUCUUCUUAUUUCAUUGGCCAGUCAUAUUUCUUACAAAACCAAAUCAAUAUAAAUAUCAAAUUGCCAAAUUUAUCUAACAUUGAUAAUAAUUUAUCAAAGAUUUCAAUUGAUUCUGUUUUCGAAUUGAUUUUACCUUCAAAUUUAUCAAAACUAAAUAUAACUAAAGCUUUCAAAUUUGACGCCCUUCUAAUUCGACAAAUCAUUAUCCAAUUAUUAAUUUCAAUCUUUAAAAAAUUUGAUCUUUUUUCUCAAUGGUUCAAAGCCUCUAAUUUAUUAGAUGACUUGUCAAUUUUGGUUUCAAAAUUCCAAAAUUCGUUUCCAGAUUUAUCAAUAGUCUUAUCUUGUUUGACCGAUAUUAAUAAUAAACACAUGUCUUUGCCUAAUGAUAACCCCAAAAAUUAUAAAUUAAUGAUUUUAUCUUUAUUAAUUUUAAUCAAUGAUUAUAUAAAUACAUUCUCAAACAUUAAUUUCCAAUUUCCAAAUUUAGAUUUUUUCAUAAAUUUAUUCGAUCAAUCAAGUUUUAGUGGUAUUGAUUUAAUUUUGUUGGAUAAUUUUUUCAAUUUACAAAAUAAUUCUCUAUUAUCUAAUAUUAAUAGCAAUAAUGCUUCAACAAAUAUUAGUAAAUGGUGGAUUCCCUCAAAGUCUUCUAAUUCUUUGUUCACAAGUUUAAUAAAGUUAAAUUGCGUUAAUUAUUCUUCCAAUUUAACCAUAAACAACAAAAUUUUAAAAUUAUUAAAUAAUUUAAUUAGUUCCCAUCAAACUUUGAUUUUUAGUGCUCCCAACUCAAUUACUAACAGUAAUUCAAAAAUAUUGAUCCCCCAAACAUAUUCACUAUUACACUCACUAAAUUUGAUUUAUCACGCACGUUUUAGUAAUGAUGUGAAUUUUCAAUUCCAAAAAAUCUAUUCCUUGUUAGACAAUACAAUUUCAAGAGUGAUACAAACACCUUACAAGUAUCUUGAUAUUUCUAAAAAAACUAACUAUUUAAGUCCCUUUUUGAUUACCUUUAUUGAACAACUUAAGUAUAUUGAUAAGAAAACCGAUUAUGAUAUUGUACUACUUUGGGUAUUGAAAUUCUUUCAAUGUCUCAUUAUAUCUGGAGAAUCAAAUGUUGAAAUCUUUCAAUAUUUGAAACUAGAAUUACGAGGCAAGGAUAAAUUAGUGGAUGAAAUUUUAUUCAGCAAGAAUUCGCUAGAAAAUGUUUUUUUAAUUAGCACUAAUGAUGAAUCAUUACUUGAAAAUGAUGCAAGUUUUCAUAUUGCUGAAAAUUUGAAUAUUCUCACUGAAACUAAAAAAAAUAGUAUAAUUUCUCAGUUUUCUUAUUUCGAAUAUAUCUUAUCCGAACCCUUUAACGAGCUAUCCGGUAUCAAGCAAGAUUUUCCUAACAAUGAUCUUGACUUUGUGGGGCUACUUUUUAGAAUAAAGCUUCUAAUUCAAAAUAAUAAACUUUCAUUCAAGAAGGCAAAUUCGAAGACUGUUCUAUCCACAAUGAUUGCUCAAGUUUUCAAGUACUUGUCAAUGAAUUUUGAUAUAAUGAUCUUGUUUAUCAAAAAUUGCACUCACUGGGCUGAUUUGGUUUUUAACUCGAAAAACGAAAUUACAAAUGAAAAGUCAUUACAUGUUCUAGCAGAAAUAUCGAGGUUUUUCUUUGAAGUUUACCAAAAAAUCAAUGAAGAUGAAAAAACAAUUGAUAUCAACAAACCUAAUAUAUUUGGCUUGUAUUCAGAAUACAUAAAAUUGAUUUUAAGAGCAAAAAGCAAAAGUCAAGAUAUGAUCAAGUUGUUAGACAACUCUUUCUGGUCCUUGCCAGACAAAGUGAUUUCUGACUAUUCUUUGACUGCAUCUGAUUUCAAAGAUAAUUUUAUUAAUGUGCUAUUGAAGCAAUUCUAUUCUAGAAAAAUGGAAAUUCCAGUUAGUAUGAUGGUUACAGCAUUGAAAAGUCUCAAAGAUUCGAAAAUUUUGGAUUUGUCUCCUAUCUUAUAUAAUAUAGUAGAUAACAACCUCAUCGAAUCUAUUGAUAAAGAGCAUGCUAAAGAAAUUGCAUUAUUGAUAAUUGAUGAACCAUAUAAUUACCCAAUUUUGGGAGCGAUAAUGAAAAACCAAAAUAAUGUCUUUGAUUACGUUGUUUUUGAGUUGGAAAAUAUUAUAUCUUCAAAUAAUUUGAAUCCAUCAACAACUAACUUAUUAAUCUUACAUAUCACUUCUUGUUUCAAAGAGCACAUUAUUUCAAAAUUUAUUAAAAGGCAUCGAAAUAAAGAUUUGCUAAAUUCCCUUAUUGAAAAAUCACUCAAAAUUAUAUUUAUUUUGCUUCAAAAUGAUGAGUUUUUCAACUUCCUGUUGCAUAAAAUUAUUGAUAUAAUUGUUGAUCAGAUUAAGUUUUUUUCCGAAAAUGAUAAACUCUUUAUAAUAAGCAAGUUGUUUAGUGUUAAUUUUAACCUAUUUACUAAUGAAAAUGACAAGGUUUUUAUAUUAUCUAAAUUUCUUGGAUUAGUUCAGAAUUUGAAAGAAUUUAUUAAUCUGAAAAUCAUCAAGAAUUGGUUUAACAAUUUUAUUUUAGAUUUAAAUAAACAAUUUUCUUGGAUCAAUACUGGUCAGAAAAACAUAAAAGAAAUUAAACCUAUAAUAAAAAAUCUCAACUCUUUUCUCCGUUCUGAUAAAAAUUUAUGUCUCUGGAAUAUAAUUUCAGAUAAAAGUUUGUUAAACAUUCAACUAGAAAUAUUAUUGGGUUCAAAUAAUUUGCUACUUGAUAACGAUAUUUUAAUAUAUAUUAAUUUAAUAUUACUUGAUCACCAGCGAUACAAAAAGUUGGCUCAAACAAAUAGAUUAUUGCAGAUAUUAAUCAACAAUAGCAACAUUGUAUUCAAUAGAAAAGAUGUUAUCAAGGUAAAUGCAAUGACCAAUAAUUCUCAAGCUACAAAAGAUAUUACAGAUUUUUCAAUCACAGAUAUUAAGUUUCUAACAAGUUUAAUUUUGUACAAGUUGAUUAAGUAUGAUGCAAAUCAAGUACAUGAUUAUAAUUUACAAGAGCAAAUUUUAUUAUUUUAUUCGGGUUCAAUAAAUUCAUACGACUUGAUUUUUUUCAAAAUAUUAGAGAUCAUUGAAACUCGGUCCAGAAGUUCAUGGAUGAACAAUUAUCUGAUUGGGAACAAUUAUCUGAUUGGCUUCGAAUUCAUUGAGAUUGAAGAAAUGAGCAACACUAGUGAACUUGAAGAAAUCAGAUUCAUCUCUAAAAAUAAAGAAAAAAACCAAAAGAAUACCAGAAGUAAACUCACUGUAUCACUAUCAAAAAAGUUGAUUGAACUAUCAUGUAAUAAUUUUAUAAAUCAAAAAAUUGACAUUUUUGAAGAGAAAAUUGAAAAUAAUUGGGAUGCUCUUAGUGCAUAUAACAGUCAAUACAAAGAAAUUAAAUGUGUGGACUAUCGUCUGAACAGUACCAUCACACAUUUGUCGAUUUAUGAUGCAAGAUUUUUGAGCUUAUUAAUAUUAAAUAACAAAGAAUUUGUUACCAUCAAAGACAAUGUGAUUAAAUUCAAUAUAAGACGAUUGAUAGAGAUGAGGCUUUUAGAAUUUAUAAUUGUCAGUUUGAAUUCAACUGAUCAAAGAUUGGUAAGUAUUCUGCUAAAGAUAUUAAGUAAUAUCUUGAUUGAAAUGGAAGAUAACGAGAAAAAAGCCACGAAUAACCAUCUCGAAAGUAAUGAAACAAACGAAUCCACAAAACAGGGCGAUCAAAAUGAUAAGCUGCAAAAAAAGAAUUAUACUAUCAGAGAUGGAUAUAUAAUAAAAAUUUUACUCAGUAAAUUAUUUUUCACUUUGAGAACAGAUGGUUUUAACAAAUUAUCAAACAUUUUCCUAGUUCAAAUAUCUAGAAUUGUUAAAAUUUUAAACAAUCCAACUCAUUUCUUAUAUAAUAAGGUAUUUUGGUAUUUAUUAAACACCAAUAAAUUUAAUAUGAGCGAAUUGCCCAUCUUUAAAAACAUAAUUAAAAUUGGGGGCAGCACUAACGAUAAUAAAAAUAAAAAUAAAAACAUUAGCACCAAUAUCAAUAACUAUAAUAGCGCAAACUUUAUAAGAGAAAUUAAUUGGAUAGUUGAUGGAAUUUUAGUUGGAUUGAAAGAUGAAAAAGAUCUAAAAGUGUUAAUAAAAAGUAAAGCGCUUGAUUGGAUUUUGUCCUUUUUGAACAUGAUUACUUUAUCCAAUGCAUUGAGGUUUAAACUUAAUUUAGUUUUGGCUAAAAUUCAGGAACUUAACAAUGAUAUUAAUUUUGAUAACAAUUGGAACCUAUUAAUAACAAGAUUCGGUGAUUUAUGUUACUUAGAACAAAGAAUUUCUGGAUUGAAUAAAAACGAAUUGAAAUCUAUCAAUAACAUCAAUACUAGUGUUAAUAUUAUUGAUCAAAACAAAAUGAAUCACAAUUCAGAAGAGCUAAUUAACUUGAAAUCCAUAGCCAUCAGAUAUCAAAUUUUAAAUGAAAAUAAUAAGAGGAUCAAAAAGUGGACAGAAGAUGACUUUGUCAAUAGCAUUAAAAGAAUUUGCAGUAAAUAUUAG